AUGGAGCAGUUAUCAGAUGAAGAAAUUGAUCAUGGUGCUGAAGAAGACAGUGAUAAGGAAGAUCAGGACCUGGACAAAAUGUUUGGAGCCUGGCUGGGGGAGCUAGACAAACUUACUCAGAGUUUGGAUUCUGACAAGCCUAUGGAACCAGUAAAAAGAUCUCCUCUUCGCCAGGAAACAAACAUGGCAAAUUUUUCUUAUCGCUUCUCCAUAUACAACUUGAAUGAAGCUCUGAAUCAGGGAGAGACCGUGGAUCUGGAUGCCCUGAUGGCCGAUCUUUGCUCCAUAGAGCAGGAGCUCAGCAGUAUUGGUUCAGGAAAUAGUAAGCGUCAAAUCGCAGAAACAAGAGCUGCUCAGAAACUACCUGCUAGUCGACAUGCUUCAAGACAUGGGACCUUGAAAGGAUUAUCUUCUUCAUCUAAUAGGAUUACCAAACCUUCACAUGCCAACUACUCUCUGGAUGACAUCACUGCACAGUUAGAACAGGCCUCCUUGAGCAUGGAUGAGGCUGCUCAGCAAUCAGCACUAGACGAUCCUAAGCCCUUAGUCACUAACCAGCACAGAAGAACAGCCUCAGCAGGCACCGUGAGUGAUGCUGAAGUACGUUCUUUUAGCAACUCCUCCCGGUCCAGCAUCACUUCUGCAGCUUCUAGCAUGGAUUCUUUGGAUAUUGAUAAAGUAACCCGCCCUCAGGAACUGGAUUUGACACAUCAGGGGCAACCAAUCACUGAGCAUGCUCUUUCUCUGAGAUGGCCCCGCAAGCAGGCCAAGCGUCAUAUUGCCUUCACAGAAGAACAGGCUGAGCUGACACCUCACUCCUAUCUGGACAGGGAAACCUCCCUUCUUCUGCGAAACAUUGCAGGAAAGCCUUCUCAUUUGCUGACCCAGGAAGAACAGGCAGCAAAACUGAAAGCUGAGAAGAUCAGAGUUGCCCUAGAGAAAAUUAAAGAGGCACAAGUGAAAAAGCUGGUGAUUCGAGUCCACAUGUCUGAUGACAGCUCUAAAACAAUGAUGGUGGAUGAGCGACAAACAGUGAGACAAGUGCUGGGUAACCUGAUGGACAAAUCCCACUGCGGUUAUAGUUCAGACUGGUCGCUAGUAGAAACCAUCUCCGAGUUACAAAUGGAGAGAAUCUUUGAAGACCAUGAAAACUUGGUUGAAAACCUUCUUAACUGGACAAGAGAUAGCCAAAACAAACUUGUAUUUAUGGAGCGUAUAGAAAAAUACGCACUUUUUAAAAACCCACAGAAUUACCUUCUGGGGAAAAAGGAAACAGUUGAGAUGGCAGACAGAAACAAAGAAGUGCUGCUGGAGGAAUGUUUUGGUGGGAGUUCUGUAACUGUACCAGAAAUUGAAGGAGUCCUUUGGUUGAAGGAUGAUGGCAAGAAGUCUUGGAAAAAGCGUUACUUUCUCUUGCGAGCAUCUGGAAUCUAUUACGUUCCUAAAGGAAAAGCAAAGGUUUCCCGGGACCUUGUGUGCUUCCUCCAGCUGGAUCAUGUCAAUGUUUACUAUGGGCAGGAUUACCGCAGCAAGUACAAGGCACCCACAGACUACUGCCUGGUGCUGAAGCACCCACAGAUCCAGAAGAAAUCUCAGUAUAUCAAAUACCUCUGCUGUGAUGAUAUGAGGACCCUGCAUCAGUGGGUCAAUGGCAUUCGCAUCGCAAAGUAUGGAAAGCAACUCUACAUGAACUAUCAAGAAGCUGUGAAGAGAACAGAGUCGACUUAUGACUGGACUUCCUUAUCCAGCUCCAGCAUUAAAUCAGGAUCCAGUUCUUCCAGCAUCCCAGAGUCUCAAUCAAAUCACUCUAAUCAGUCGGACAGUGGCGUUUCGGACAUGCAGCCUGCAGGGCACGUCCGAUCCCAGAGCAUCGUGAGCUCCAUCUUCUCCGAAGCCUGGAAGCGAGGCACUCAGCUUGAGGAGUCCAGCAAGUCUCCGGUGCCAAGUGUGAAGGCCAGCACAGCUAAGGUCUGCACCCCUGAAGCAGCCAAGACAGGGUCCAGUUAAGGUCAGGGGUUGUCCUGGAAACAUUAACCUGGGUGCCUCCCAUACCAAACCUUACAGACUAAUGCUUUUACUCUGCCUGUCAUUUUAGAAAUCAUGUGAGUGACCUUUUGGUACACUAGUGCCCUCAGGUCUGCUAACCCCAGAGUUCUCGGUGCUAAUUAGAUGUCCGUCAUGAUGGGGGACACAGGUGGUUUUCAAAGUCAUACAUGGAGUACAGACAGACCAAGGGCCCUGCCUGCUCUCUUUCCAGAAGUCCCUAAGCCCCAUGUGUGUGUGUUUAGCUUAUGAAGCAAAUGAGCGGAUGGGGUCAUUUCAGCGGUGCCAAGAGGGGCCCAGUAUGGCUGAUGUUUCCCUUCCUGUUUUCUAUAGCCUUCCAGGCAGGGCUGCCUCACUUUCAACUGGCUUUUUCUCAACGGCAUAUCUCUGUUCUUUUGCAGUAGUGUGUAUGAAGCGCUUCUUUAUGUGUUUAUUUUCAAGUAAAGCAAAUAUAAAGUGCGCCCCCCACCCCACCACCCCCGCAUUGCUGGAACUUUGGUGCAUGUUGGAUGCAAGUGUCUCACGGGAGCACGAGUGUACCACACUCCUCCCUCCCUGUGUGCCUGCCUGCCCGCCCACUAUUCACAUAUGCAUGUGUCAGAUUGCUUGCCUCACAGUUACCCGGCUGCGCUCCUGCCUACCCAGAGCUGGUGGGCACAUGGUGGUGCCCCGUGCUCAGAGUACUCCCACCCACCCACAGGGAAGGUACUUAGAAGUCGCUGAGCCCAGGAAUCAGGAACCAGGCGGCCUGUCACCUUCAGACUUGCCACCACAGGCACACCAGGUGCCUGGGAGUCAGUUCUGCCUUCCCGGCCUCGACCUUCCGUGGAGCGAGCACCUGCAACCCCGCCCUGGCAUGCCCCCCAGAUUCCUUGUU